AUGUCAGACCCAGAAGCCGCAGUCUCUCACGAGAAGACCACCCUCGAUCGUGGCAAUGACAGCAGAGGGGAUGAGUCCGAUGAUUCGUUCACGAAUCCUACGGGGAUCAAUGAGAAGUCUCUAGUGAGGAAGUUGGAUUGGAAAUUACUUCCUCCGUUAACGUUGCUCUAUCUGUUGUCGUUUCUGGAUCGUAGUAAUGUUGGGAAUGCGAAGUUGGUGGGCUUGACAAAGGACUUGAAGAUUACGGGGAAUCAGUACUUACUUACGCUGACUAUCUAUUUCAUUGGAUAUGUGAGUUUUCCAUUACGUCUUGGGACAUUUGAUGGAGCUGAGCUGAUUGUCAAGGUCUUAUUUGAAAUCCCCUGCAAUAUCAUCCUCAAGAGAACAACGCCCAAAUUCUGGCUCCCAACGCUCAUGCUCGCCUGGGGUAUCGUAGCCACGCUCCUCGGCGUAACGCAAAACUUUGCCGGUUUCGUAGUCGCGCGAUUCUUCCUCGGCGUCACAGAGUCUGGGCUCUUCCCCGGUGUGCUCUUCUACCUUUCCAUGUGGUAUAAGCGGACCGAAACACAUUACCGCAUUUCGUUAUUUUUCUCGGCUGCUUCGCUCGCGGGAGCUUUUGGGGGCGUUCUGGCGUACGGGAUCGGGUUUAUGAAGGGGGUGGGCGGGUAUAAUGGAUGGAGGUGGAUUUUUAUUCUGGAGGGGCUUUUGACUGUUGUUAUUGCGGCGCUCUCGUACCUAUUUAUUCACAAUUACCCGUCUACAGCCCCCUUCCUCACGGAGCCGGAGCGGGCAUUCAUACAAGCGCGUCUCAAAGGCGACUCGGACGCUACUAACGAAGAGAAGUUCACAUGGGGGAAUGUCGCGUCCGCGUUUAAAGACUAUAAAUGUUGGCUAUACUGCCUCGGCUUCCACACCAUGUCCCUCCCGCUGUACACGCUCUCCCUCUUCCUCCCCACAAUCAUCACAAAACUAGGCUACAAAGCCGCCGAAGCCCAACUCCUCACCGUCCCACCUUACGCAGCCGCGACGCUCCUCACAAUCCUCGUCGCCAUCGGCGCUGAGAAAACCCAUUCCCGCGCCCCCUUCGUCCUCGCCACCACCACCCUCGCCAUAAUCGGCUACAUCCUCCUCCUCACCGCCCCGCCUUCCCGUCCCGGCGUCUCAUACACCGGCACCAUCUUCGCCGCCGCCGGCAUCUACCCCAGCUGCGCCAUCGUGCUGAGCUGGCCGGCCGCGAACGUGAGUGGGCAGUCCAAGAGAGCCACGGCGACCGCUAUGACCAUCACGAUUGGGAAUCUGGGCGCCGUGUUGGGUACGCAGCUUUAUCGGCCGGCGACGAGCCCGCGCUGGUUUCUGGGACAUGGCUUUGCGGUGGGGUAUUUGGGCGCUAAUAUUUGUAAUACGUUGGUGCUGUGGUGGUGCUUGAGGAGGGAGAAUGAGCGGAAGAGGGUCAGGGUUGCGGGGGGUGAGGUGGGCGAGGAGGGGCCCGUGAAGAGUGAUGAUGAUGUUAGGUUCAUCUUUCAGGUUUGA